AUGUAUAGGCAGGUUUUGAUGUCCCCCGAUGACAGUGAAUUGCAACGAAUUUUAUAUAGAGCUAGUCCUGAUCAACCGUUGAAGCAUUAUAAGCUAAAAACAGUUACAUACGGCACUAAAUCAGCUUCAUUUCUGGCCACUCGCUGUUUGGUACAACUUGCCGAUGAAUGUGAUGACCCACAAAUAAAAAGGGUUAUUGGGCAAGAUUUUUAUGUUGAUGAUCUGAUCAGUGGAGCUCAAUCUGAACUAAAGUGCUUCGAAAUAUACAAUCAACUUCAAGCAAGACUAGGAAAGGCUGGUUUUGCUCUGAGAAAGUGGUGUUCAAACUCCACAGCAUUGUUGGAACGUAUCCCUAAUGCUCACGAUGAUCCUAACUUCAUGGUGGCAUUAAGUGAAAAUGAUGUAAUCAGCACACUGGGUCUCAUGUGGCAACCUACCACUGAUAGUUUUCGAUUCACUUUAAAAGAAUGGUCACCACCAGCUUCCAUGACAAAGCGCAGUCUCCUUUCAGACAUUAAUAGCGUAUACGACCCAAUUGGUCUAAUAAGUCCUGUUUUAAUCAAAGGAAAAAUUUUCAUUCAACAGCUAUGGAGCUUAAAAAUGAGCUGGGAUCAAGUAUUAUCAGAAGAUUUGCAAUCCAGAUGGUCUAACUUUUAUUCGAAUUUGCAGUCCCUUGCUUUCUUAUCCAUACCCCGUAAAGCUGUAUGCGACCAAAAUGCACCUAUUCAAAUCCACGGCUUCAGUGAUGCGUCUCAAGAGGCUUUUGGUGCGUGCGUAUAUCUGCGCUCCAUAGAUAGUACUGGCUGCAUUCAGGUCACCUUAUUUACUUCCAAAUCCAGAGUCGCACCUAUUCAUCCAACAACUAUCCCACGUCUGGAACUAUGUGGUGCGCUCCUAUUAGCAGAGCUGGUCAACGACGUCAAGACUGAAUUAAAAUUGUUAGGCAUCCAAGUAGACAUAUCCUCCACAUAUCUCUGGUCUGAUUCUACCAUUGUAAUCGCAUGGAUAAAAAGUCAAAGUUUGUUUCAAGCAUAUGUUGCAAACCGAUUAAGCCGUAUAUGUGACGUGUCAGAGCCAGAGCAAUGGUAUCAUGUUUCAACACAAGAUAACCCGGCAGAUCUCAUAACCCGUGGAGCUGAAGCAAAACCAUUUUCUCGGUGCGCUUUAUGGUGGAAUGGUCCUGAGUGGCUAUGCUUAUCUCCAAGCCAUUGGCCUUCUACCCCUCCAUUGCCAUCAAACAUGCCAGAAGUUCGUACCAUUAAGCUGGCAUUAGCUGCUAUGACAAUUGAUGUGGAUAUGUGGAUAUCAAAAAGGUACUCCAGCUGGGUUACCCUUCUAAGGAUAACGGCAUUGGUGCAACGGUUUUUGUACAAUUGCCGGUCAAGUCUUUCAAACACAGAGC